UUCAUCAUGUAUCUCAGAUGACUAUUGGUGAAUUAAAUGCUCAUUAGGCUUUACUAUGAGCGAGAUAAUAGCUGUGCCAGUGUCCAGUAGUGGACAAACUCGUCAAGAAAAUGUUACACACUUGAAGAGACACAAAUUAAGUGGAUGCAAUGUUCCACUUGUUCACGGCAGACCGAAUCCACCGGUCAUUACGCGCAAUAGAUUAACAGCGCAUCAACGAAAUCACAGUUUAGAUUUUAGGUCAAUGGGUAUCUUGUUACCACCUGUCCCUCAGGCAACUGUGACAACUUUAACAUUACAUCAUAGAAAUCGAAGUUUAGAUUCUGCUUUACAACGAAUUCCCGAAGUAGAUAUUAUAUCAAGUCCAGAAUGCGAGAUAAAUACAACGCCAGCAACUAAAUCUGUAACAAGUCAUAAAAACCAAAGUAGGGAGCGCGAUGAUCUUGCUAGUUUGGGUUCUGACGAUUCUGGAAUAUUGUGUGGCUCUGAUAGUGGUUCUAGCGAUACUGCAAAUAUUACAACAAGAGGGUCGAGCACAGAUCACUUACACAGCAGGGAAAGCUUGGAUUCAUCAUUAUCACAAGUUGGAGAUAUAGAUGUUGAUGUUAUUGAUGGAGAACUUUGUAAUCUAUCAAUAUCUCCCGUACAGUUGAUGAUUGGUGAGUCUGUAGAAAACGAUCAAGCAAAUAGCGUUGGCUGCGAUCCCAAGCAAAAGAAAUACGAAUGUGCGUCCAAUGAAUUGCAAAAUAUUUGCGAUUAUUCGGUCAAAGAAGUUCGCGAUACAGAGUCUGGAUCUUCAAAUGUUCAGGGCACUUUGGACAUCGCUGUGGUACCACGGGAUCUGUCGGGUGCAGCAAUGACGUUAUGCUGUGGCACUGGACAACCAGAAGUAUACACUGUGAAGAACGAGCCAAAAGUAAAGAGACAAGAGACUGUGCAGCCUAAACCUUCAGAAGGAUACUUGCUUAGGUUAUUUGAAUGUCAAGUCUUUGACAUGUCCAUGGCCAUAUCUUAUUUAUUUAAUUCAAAAGAGCCAGGUGUUCAGAGUUAUUUGGGUAAUAAGUUAUUUAGCUUUCCUGAUAAUGAUGUGGACUUCUAUUUACCACAGUUGGUUUUAAUGUACAUACAAUUGCACGAUCUUACAGAAGUUCUUUAUCCAUAUCUUGUUCAUAGGUGUAGGCAUUCAGUAGAUUUUUCAUUAAAGUGUGCUUGGUUAUUAGAUGCAUACAGUUCAGAUGCUCAUUUGCCAUCAAAAAAGGAAUCUCACGGGCCUAAGUUGAAAAAUUUGAUACUUUCAGAUGAACUUAGACCAAAAGGAAAGAAUCGUCCUAUUGGAUUUCAAGUUCCGCUUGCAUCUUCUUUAUCUAUCAUUCAAACUGUACCAUCUCCUAACAAAAAAACCCACCAAAGAUCUCAAUCUGAUGCCACUGGCUUAUUUCAAAGUCUGCGUCGUAGUCAUUCCGGUCCAGUAAAUAGAAUUUGUCUUGGAAACCUUAGUUCUGGUAGAGCUUUUAAUAAUGGAUGUACUUGCUUUAAUUCCUGCCAAGGAGUGGUAAAUGAUUUACGAGGUCAGAAGACUGAUUGUAUCUGCAAUGCACCUCGACUCGCACCGGAGCUUGAGUUCAUUCGGGCAUUGAUAACAAUCGGAAAGCUGCUUGGAAUAAUACCUACAAAAGAAGGGAAAACUGUUCAACUUGUUGCCCAGCUCAAUACAUUGAAUUUAAACCUUCCAGCAAGGGUGUGGAUUCCGUUACAUUCAACUGUACCUCAUCACAUUGUUAGAGUCCCGCCACAGUAUGCAGCAGUAUUGAAUAGCAAAGAUAAAGCUCCAUAUAUAAUAUAUGUAGAAGUUCUUGAAGUCGAUGAUUUGUAUACAUCACCAGUGCCAACUAAAAUAAUGGGAAGUUCAUUACGACAUACGAAAUCCGAAGAAAAUUUAACUGGUGGUGAAUCAUCAGAUAAAACUAAUGUGCCAAGUGAAGAGACUCAACAAUCGUUACUAUCUAUGAAACAAACUUCAAUUAAAACAAGCUACACAAAGAAUCCUGACGUAUCGUUUAACUUUAUUGAUGAUGACCCCAACGACUGUUGGAGUCAAGAAGAUGAUGAAAUUAUGCAACAAUAUCUACAGUUUCAUAAAACAAAGGAUAGGGAUACAAUAUCUCAGCUAAGCCAGGAUUCAUGUAAUAGUCGUGAACCAGUUUUCACUCUUGGUGACGUCAAGAGGCGUUUAACUGAAAUGGCAGCAGCACCGAAGGUUACCUUCAGUCAUGAUCCGGAAGAUCCAUCGGCUGCCGUGUUGAAAGAACCUUGGGAGCAAAAACAGAGGCGUAUACGAACUUCGAGUCCUUAUGGACACUUGGCUUCGUGGCGACUGCUUGCAGUGAUUGUAAAAUGUGGUGAUGAUCUACGUCAAGAAUUGCUAGCAUCUCAACUUCUCAUGAUGCUUCAAAAAGUUUGGCAGGAAGAAUGUCUCCCUUUAUGGCUGCGUCCAUAUAAAAUUCUUUGUCUUUCAAAUGACAGUGGACUUAUCGAACCAAUAUUGAACACAGUUUCUCUCCAUCAAGUAAAGAAGCAUUGUCAGUUAACCUUACUUCAAUAUUUUGAAAGAGAAUUUGGCUCUAUCAAUUCCGAUGCUUUCCUUAUUGCACAAAAGAAUUUUGUUCAGAGUUGUGCGGCUUAUUGUCUUGUUAGUUACUUAAUUCAAGUAAAAGAUCGUCACAAUGGUAACAUAUUAUUGCAUAGUGAUGGACACCUAAUUCACAUUGAUUUUGGUUUUAUUUUGUCAACAUCGCCUCGAAAUCUUGGCUUUGAAACAAGUCCGUUUAAAUUGACUCCAGAAUUCGUUGAAGUAAUGGGCGGAAAUCAGUCGAAGAUGUAUAUAGAAUUUAAGAUGUUAAUUUUACAAGGUUUAAUAGCUGCAAGGAAACAUAUGGAGAAAAUAGUGAAUCUUGUUGAAAUAAUGGUAUCAGGCUCUCAGUUGCCAUGCUUUCGUAAUGGUGGUGCAUCUACAGUUCAAGGUUUAAAAAAUAGAUGUCAUCUUACUUUAACAGAAGAUCAGUUGCGUAAGCAUGUUGAUUAUUUAGUAGAAGGAAGUCUCCAUUCGUGGUCCACAAAACUUUAUGAUAGAUAUCAAUACUUUGCAAAUGGCACUCUUUAAGGGUUAAUAUCUGUGUACAAGUUAUCUUACCGAUUUUCACAUCUGUCAAGAUUUUCGUUAAAACAGAUUGAUUUACGUUUUGUAAAUGUUUCGUCAUAAUUUCGAAGAGAUAUACUUUAAAGCAUUCCAAAAGCCAAAAAGUUUUAUUGAUGUAUAUUGAAUAGUGGGUGAAGACUGAAAAUAUUUAGUAAUUCACGUGUCGCAAUUUUAAACUUUUAAAAAAAGAAUAAAUUGUGAAA